AACAAGUAAAGCUAUUUUUACAUAAAAUAAUAGGAUAAUAAGCCAAUGUCUAUUCAAGACGCGGAAGAUUUACUGGAAACCUUACGCGGAACAGAUAAUGAGCGUAAAAUGGAGAUGAUUAUGGGGAUUAAGAGGUUUAUUAAGCGUAAUGAUGUGGAUUUGGAGGCGGUUUCGUUGUUAUUUGAUGGAUUAAGAAUGGGACUAAUAUGUACGAAUCCAUAUGUUGCUAUGAAUUCAUUAACAUGUACAAAUCAUUUGAUUAAACGAGUAUCACUUCAAGAGAUAACGCGUUUGAAAGGACCGGGAGUAAUGGUGUUACCAUUAUUGAUUGAACGACUUGGGGAUAAUAAGGAAAAAGUAAAAGAUGUAGCGCAGAAUGCGUUAAUUGAGUUAUGGAGAGGGAUACCUAUUGAAGUAGAAAGAAGUAUUAAAGAUCUUGGAUUUUCAUCAAAAAAUUGGAGGACUCGUGAACAAUCGUUAUAUUGGUUAGAAAAGAUAUAUGAAUCUCAAACGUCAUUUUCUUUUCGAUCGUUUACGCCAUUUAUGAUAAAAAUGUUAGAGGAUGCAAAUGAUAGUGUUCGAGAUGCAGCAAAGAUAGUUAUAAUAAAAUUAUUUAAGAAUUCUCCAAAUUAUGCCAAAGCAGACUUGAAACGGGAGCUUAAUCAACAAAAUAUACGUAAACAAUUGGUUACAUAUAUUCUGGAUAAUUUGCAAUUUCAAGGGGAUACGGAUUUUGCAUCAUCUCGUGGAUCGGAAUGUGCAUAUGAUAAUGAUGGUGCAAGUGUUUCAGCAAGAAAAGUGAAUAAUGAAAGUAUUGCUAGUUUAUCUAAUUUGUCAUCAAAUUAUAUUUCGAAUUUAAGUAGUGCUGAAAUGGAGCAAUUGGAGCCAUCUUUGGUAUAUUCUGCAAAGGAGCUUGAAUUAGAAAUUCAAGAAAUGCUUCCUUCAUUUGAAGGGAAAGAAACGGAUUAUAAUUGGGUUGCUCGUGAAAAGCAUAUUAUGCGUUUGCGGUCUCUUCUUCGUGGAAAUAUUUAUAAAGAAUAUUCACCUAUAUUUUUGAAUGGUUUUAAGGCUCUUCUUGAUGGAAUAAUUAAAGCGAUAAGUUCACUUCGAACGACAUUGAGUCUUGCAGGACUUCAAUUUAUUAAAGAUGUUGCAAUUGUUGCUGGACCAGCUAUUGAUCAGUUUGUUGAAACACUUCUUAUACAUCUUAUCCGAAUUAGUGGAUUAACGAAAAAAAUUAUUUCUCAAGCUGCUCAAAUUACUGUUAGCGUAUUAAUUGCUAAUGUUUCUUAUCAUCCUAAAAUUGUUAUGCAGCUUUUAACUGCAUCUCAAGAUAAAAAUCCGUCCACUAGACAAUAUGCUACUGGAUGGUUGCGUGUUUUGCUUGAAGCUCAUAUUGAUUCAAGAACAUAUUUAGAAAAUUCUGGAGGAUUGGAUACAAUGGAAAAAGUUAUAAGAAAUGGGAUUUCAGAUGCAAAUGCAGUUGUUCGUACAGGAAUGAGAGAUGUAUUACGCUGUUUUUCUGAAAUUUGGCCAGAACGUGCACAAAGCCUUGUAUCAAGUUUAGAUCCUGUGGUACGUAAACAAUUUGAAAAAGUUUUUCAGAAUUCAAGUGUAUUUCCAAAAUCUAUUGAUAGUCUUAAUAAGUGUCAUAAUUUAUCACAAAAUUAUUCAUUUAAUAAGGGUAAAAGUUUUAAUAAAGAACCUUUGGCAAGAUCAGGAAAUAUAAUUAAUAAGAAAUUGAAUGAUACUGUUAGUAUAACUCAUGGAUCAUCAGGUCUUUCUUCUGGUCCUAUUCGUCAUGGUCUUGGUCUUCCUCAGCGAUAUGGACAUUCUUCUAAAAGUAAUGUUAAAAGACCUGAAAGUCCUACUCAAGAUCAGUCAGCAGGUAAUACAUCAAAUCAAACUCGUACAUCUCCUAGCCAAUUGAAAAGCGAAAUGUCUCCUCCAAGACCAACUAUUGUGACGAAUUCAUUAUUUGGAAAGCCAUCAGUGACAUCAUCACGUGUCUCUCCUAGAAAAUUGACAAUUAUUGAACAGCUUGUGCAUUCAGAUUGGCACAUUCGUGUAGAUGGAAUUAUAACUGUUGCAUGUUUAUUGGCAAAAAAGACACCUCCUAAUUAUGAUAAUCAAAAACUUCCAACUCUUCCUCCAAAUGAUAUAUUAGCAUCAACUUUUCAAAAACUUCUAAAUGAUUCUCAGCCAGAAGUCGUUAAUCAUUUAAUGGCACCUGAGGUUAUUGUUGAAAUAGCGAAAAUUAUUCCUUUUGAAAAUAUUGUUCCAAGAAUUCUUUUAUUAAGUGAGAUGGAAGAUACUGAACGUGGUCAUGAUAUUGCAAGAACAUGUCUUCCUGCUGUAAAAAGAAUGAUUAGUGACGUUGAUGCUGUUGAGUUAUUAUCAAAAGUUCUUACAAGUAUGGGAGUAUCUGGUGUUGUACCUAGGAAGCUUUCUGCUGGUAUAUUUACUACAUCUCAAAAACGCAAAAUUAUACAUGGUGUUCUAUUAUGGAUGAAUGAAUUGGUUGAGCGUCAUAAUGAAAGUAUAAAAAAUAAAGAAGAUGGCAAUUCAUAUUUUAAUGAUGUUUCAAAUUUUAAAUUUUAUGUAAAUCGACUUGUACCUAUGAUUAAUAAUACCAAACCAACAUCUAUAAAUUAUGGACCUUUAGUUACACUAUUGAAGUCUCUUCAAACUGCAAAUGAAGAAGUUUUCAAUAAAGUUUUACAAACUUUUGAAAAAGUAACAGUUAAUGCUCUUAAAAAUGCAUGGGGAAUAGCUGUUGAUGAAGAACCUUUUGUACCUGAGGAAAAGGUUGCUCAUGUUGAAGAUGUUCUUGGAGAUAUACCUAUUGUUGGAGAUCGUAAAUUAGAUGAUAAUGAUAUAGAACAUUCUUCAUCAUCCAUGGAAUCUCAUUCUGUAAAAUAUUCUGAAAAUUAUAUGGAUUCUUUUGAAGAGAAUAUGGGAGCAUAUAACAAUUUUGAAGAUAUGACCAUGAUUCAAAUACCUAAGCUCCAAGUUAACAUUUCGAAUAAUGAUGUGAAUAAAGAAGUUCAACCUGUAUCUUCUGAUCCCUCUGUCUCUGCUGGUGUGAGACCUUCAUUGAUUACUGAUGAUACUAUUAAAACUUCUGAUUCUAAAACAUCUGAUGAUAAAGUUUCCCAAGAGAAGCAAGCUAAUGAAGUGGCACAGGAAUUAUUGCCUCAGUCUUCUGAAUUAGCUCCAGCAUUGAAUUUUGAAAAUCAAGAGGAUCAAGAUAUACCAAUAGAAGAUGAUAGUCUUUCUGGAAAUUCAAAUCCAUGGUUUCGAAAAUAUAUGAAUAAACAAUUGCCUAUUACACCACUUCCAAAUACUGUAGAAGAUAAUAUCAAACUGCUAAAGAAUCUUAUCGAAAGACUUGAGAAUCAUGAUAUGGAUUCUUAUGCAUUUAGGAAAUUAAUUUGUAUUUCUAAAGAAUAUAGUCUUGAGAAGAAUAUAGAAAAUUCAGAUAAUAUUUCUGAUAAUUCUAAGAAAGAUGAUGUUUGGAUGGCAGGAAGUUUAUUCGAUUCUUUAAUAAAAGCUUUACUUGGUUUUAUGAAGGAAGACGUUGUUUCAGAAUUAAAAGUUCAGACGCUUUUUCUUUUAAAAUAUCUUUUUGAUAAUCAGUCGGUAUAUUUUGAUAAUCAUAUAUCUAUCAUUCUUGAUGCUCUUUUGAAAUUCUGUUCUUAUGAUUCUAAUAAUAAUCGUGUUACGUGUGUGAUAGAAGAAAUGAUAUUCGACAUAGUAUCUCAUCUUGAUAUGAAACUAGGAAUUGUCUUGUUUUUAUCUUAUCUAGAACCUUAUCUUUAUAAUCUUACUGAUGAAUCAAAGAAACAUCUUCUAAAACAAUCGAUUAUUGUUAUUUGCUUAUCAUCUUUAGCAGUUUUUAUUAAGAAAUUGGAAAAAAUGGACUUAGAUAAAUAUCUUGAAAAAAUUCCAUCUUUGGUUAUUAAGGCAUUAAAUGAUAGUGAUCCUGAGAUUCGAAAAGAAAGUAUAACAAUUUGUGUAUCAUUAAAUAGCAUUAUUAAGGAUUCUUCGGAAAUAUUUAAUUUGUUGCAAGGACUUACUCCUGGUCAACAAAAUUUAUUGGUUUAUUAUUUUGCAAAAAGUGGUGGGAAAAAUAUAUAAUGAACUUGACAUUAUUUAUCUAUUAGAAAAACCACUUAACAAAU